CGCUAAUGAACGUUUCAUGUCUUUGAAGAUGUUUUCAUUUCAUGUCCUUGGUACUUUCCUUCCAAGUCACGCUGGAUGCACGUUUCAAGACAAAGAUUUUUUGUCACAUCUCGAUAUGAAAAUCGUGUUCAACUGCAUCGACCACUCUCACUCAGCACACUCGUAGAAGUGCUCACAUUAUUUUUACUAUUGGUGGAUUGAAAACGGGCAGUAGUACCUCCCAGAGCCAUGACCAUCUCAAAAAGGCGAGAAUGCGGAGUGUCUCUACCGUGGGUUCCAAAAAACUGCAAAACGUAAUAUUUCCAAGUAUCUUUAUGCGAUACUGAUAGUCCGUGCAUGAUGAAAAGAGCUUUGCUUCUUGACAAAAUCAAUCUAGCUGGAUCUUUUUUGGAUUUGUCGUUGGUCUUGUCUCCUCCUUGUAUAGAACUAGGCCUUAAUGCCAGUAGGUUCAUGACGAAAAUAUUGAAUUCUUGAAAUGCACAUGCAACUCCUCGACUAACGUUUGCGAAAAAAACAAAGUCAGUGCCACAACUGUCGCGAGAAGUAGCACGCAGUAGUUGCCUGUGAUCCUAUCACAGCUCGUGCGUGCUCCAUCACACGAGGCUUACGACUCGACUUUUCCCGCACAUCACUGAGGCGCACUAGCGGCCUAUUGGAAGAAGUCAUAACACUACAACAGGCCUUCUAUCGCGGUCUUUAGGAUCUUCUACUAUCCAUUUGGAUAUUAAUAUCCUACACGAAAGCGCCGAAAAUGCCGGAUAGCGGGUCUUAUUUUCCCAUUGCGGAGCUGACUCCGUACAACCGGAAUUGGACGAUUAAAGCGCGCGUUAUGACAAAGAGCACCCUGCGCCCGUUUAACAGAAUUAAUGGGGGCGGAAAAGGAUCCGUACUUCUAUGUUCUUGUGAAGAAUUAAUUGAUGAUGCCUCCAAAUGACUUUUCUGUACUAGCAGCUGAAUCAUGACGUUGAAUAAGAACUAGUAGAACUUCUUACCUAAAUUUCGUCAUACUGAAGAACUUCAAACUUUUUCUGAUAAACUUCCUUGUGCGUUCCUGGCGACACAAGUCUCCUUUCCAACUCUCUCAAAGCUCUUUAGCGUCGAUUUGGAGGAUAAAGAGGGCGACCAGAUUCGGGCAACCUUUUACAAUGAAGUUGCAGAGAAGUUCAUCAACACCAUCGAGUCGAGCAAGGUGUAUACUUUCAGCAAAGGGACAGUCAAGGUACUUAUCAUUUCGUGCAUUUUCAGAUGCUUUGUUUUGUCGUAAGUUCAUCUUCACACGCGUAUUGUAGCCCGAGUUCUUAUGGCUGUAUCUGCCUUUCCAUCGUUGAAUUUUUUGCGUCUCUGUUUCUUCUUGGCUGCAUUCUUGGACUCCGCCAUACGCACAGGUCGCGAAUAAAGCCUACAAUACUGUAGACCAUGAUUAUGAGGUGAGUUUUAAUCAAGGUGUCGUAGUGGAGGAGUCUGCGGACGACGGAAGCAUCGGGACAAAUGUCAGGUAUCAUCCUCUAUAUAAAUUUGAAGAAGCAAGUCUGAGUAAUUUUUUAGUGUUAGUUUUUGAGUUUUUGUUGCGGCCAGGAGAACAUUAAAAUUUGAUUAGCCUUAAGGUAGCCCAAUGCCUACAGUUUUGGAUGAUGUUCUUCAUCAUCCUCCGCGAUGUCGCCCCUGUCCUGUGCCUAGUGCUAAUCUGCGCAAGCACAGGAUAAGACUGAGAAGGCAAGCCAUUUGGUUUUUGUUGUAUUUAAGUACGAAGAUCCCUGGGGCUUAGUGCCUUUCAUCUGCCUAAGCUAACUAGAUCCGGGUCAACUAUUUUUCUGCUCAGCUUAUUCCUUUCCUGCACACGCUUAAGACCUUAUGACUUUGAUCCUGUGGCUGUUGUUGAUGAUGUUGAUGAUCUCGAUGCUGUUGAUCUUCGUGUUGCUGUCGUUAUGAUUAUCUUGUUCCCGUUGUUUCCUUGAUCAUGAUGCUCGUAAAUCUUUACGUUGUUGAUUUUAGUACUGGCGGGAUGAUAUUUAUUUUCAUGCUUGAGAUGAUUCAUAAUUUGGGGAUCGACAGUUCUUCUCCAUCUCUACUAUCGUGGCCCUUUUUCUUUCUUGCUUACUUGGAGGUGGUGACACACGUAUCUUCAGGUUCAACUUCGUGGACCUGCGUUCGGUGAAGUCGCGUGCACUGCCAUGCAAUAUUGACGUUGUCGGUGUGGUUUCCAAAGUGGAGGAAUCUCGAACUUGGCAACGAGACGGAAAAGAGUUCACGAAAUACGCCUUCACAGUGGUUGACGAAACCGAGACCGAACUGGAGGUGUCCCUUUUCGCGAGCGUAAUGGACAAAUACCCUCCAAAGAUGGUCUCACCUCCAGAUGACAACCCAAACCAGAAACCGAUAGUUGCGAUGAAAGGGGUCGUCGUAAAGGAAUUUCAAGGGCGCUCGGGUGUCCUGAAUGACUCAGGCGUGCUUGUUGUCAACCCGCACCUGGACAAAGGGCCGGGAGCCGUACUCAAUGCUGAAAAGAACUAAAACAAUCCCACUUCUUAUGUACUUCUGCUUACUGAACGUGAAGAUUGUUCUCAGGUUGGUUUAACUGAAUCGUGCGUUCAUUCUUGGAUCGUCCUUCGUAGUAAAGCCUUAACAUUGUUGCUAAUAAAUCAAAGAGUAUCCAACAUCGAUCUUGUUGUUACUCUUGCUACUCGUUCUCCUUCUCCUCAAUCUUCCAGGAGCGCGCCCAGGCAGUGUCCAGUUGGUGGGAAGGCGGCGGCUCAAAGAAAGCGUUUACGAGUAUGCGCGAAUUGACGGGAAUUCCUGGAGUCUCCAAAGUUGAGAAGCGCACACUCGCCGAGCUUGUAGAUGAAGUAGAGCCAUCAGCGGGUCCAGAUCGCCAGAGCUUCAAGUAUUCCGAGGUAUACGCGCGUCUAAACAAAUUCAUCUUACGGCGCAACUCUAAACGUUGUUUGUCAGAACAGAAGAGAAGUGACACAGGAAAAUAAUGCAGGCGGAGACGAGAUCAUAUUGUCGAUACUCUUUCUCACGGAUAGUACUUAUACCUCAAAGUACGAGAACCACUAGUACGGGCACUGCUCUUCUCUAGAAGUAUUAAUGAAUACUUAAAUAUAGUCCGUGUUUCUAAUCGAAACGGAGCGAAAAGGAGAAAAGCUGGACAUGUGGUACAACGCCUGUCCCGAGAAGGUCGUGCGCGAGGGGGCGCCGGCGAAUUCAGCAAAUUUGUGCAACAAAAAAGUCGUUGACGGUAUGUGCCGAACACACGGAAUGGUGAAUCCCUAUAAAAGAUGGAACUGCCGCGUGGUCUUUCAAGAUGCCUUCGGCGAUACUCUCUUGACCUUGUUUGACGAGCACAUGACGAAGAUCAGUACUUUAUAUUUGAAUUAUUUGUGUUUCUUCAUCACAUCAAACACAUGACGAGGAUCAGCAGUUGAUACACGAGUUUGUGUUUCUGCUUCUUCAUUAGACACGGAAGAUGGGAAGAGCUUGGCUUUCACUGUUACUUUUUUCUAUCUUGUUGAAAAGCAAAUGGAGAGUAGAUUAUCUAAAUCGUAUUUUCGAUCUUCACUCUCGUCAAAAAAAAACCACUUUGUAUAGGCUCAGAAACGGCAGAGGACGCUGUAGCAAAGCGCAGUGCGGAUGCUCUUGACUCCUGGUAUACAAGUUUGUGCCAUCGCGAAUUGUACAAAAUGCGGCUGCAGACGAAACAAGAGGCGUAUGAAGGGGAGAUGCGAGCGAAAACCACGAUCAUGGCAAUCGAGCCGGUCAACCGCGUCAGUCGUGGGGAAGAAAUGAUGAAGGAAAUCGAGGAGUUGUAUGGCUGAGGAAAAUGGAAAACUGUGAAAGUAUGUAGUGCGGAAGAAGUACACAAAUCGUAUCUUCAUACAUUUUUAAACGACAUGCUGUCUGAAGACUCGAUGCGCACCUUUUCGCACAGAGAUCAUCAUCCUCCUAUGACUUUUUUUGCUAGGUCACGGAGACACUCACUCCAGGCGUUCACGCUCGUACUAGCUCUAUGUGAGUAGCAACUCAGCUAAUAUUCUCGUUUGUUUUGAUGUGGCUGUUCCGUCAACUUGCAGUUUUGAUCCUCCCUUGAUUCCUUGUUCAUCGCGAACGAGUCAUUGACGACCACGGUUGA